AUGUUUUCCUCCACCUCGAUCGCUCUCGCCUCUGUUCUAUUCCUCGCUGGAUCAAGUGUUUUCUCCAUGCCCACGUCAUCGAAUGUCACGCUUUCUAGCCGGGACGAUAGCCACACAGUUCAUUGUGGUACCACUUCCGAUGCUACAUUGUCCGACUGUCAAGCACUUGUCGAACUCGAUACAUGGAAUGCCGCUUACGCGGGAACAUCAAAUACUUGCCACUACACCAACGUCGCGUUCGCGCAGUACAACCGAGUUGCAUACAAUGUCGCCUGUCAUGGAAAUUGCUGCGCCUACUAUGCCGCUGGUUCCCAUACGACCGCCAGUGUGGACUCUACCACCGUCCGCGAACGUGCAGCCAGUCUUCUCGGCUGUGGCGACACGAAGACUAACAAGAUCAAUGGUCUCGAGGUCGCAGUCGGCGAUGGAUCUGGUGUUUGCUUGAGCAACGGAAAUGGAUGCGGAGAUUGCUUCGAUGACCGUGACUUUACCCCUUGA